GUGUAAGUCGAACUUAAAAACUGAUAUCAGCGACGUUGAGAUACGCUUACCACCAUUUGUGUCUGUUUCAGACUCAGUGCAUCGGAAUACAUUAUUCUCUGUAGCAUCAGAGAGCACAGUAUCGGGCUAAAACCGGCAAACGAUGUGCGAACAGUGAACGCUACCCACAAUUAAAAAUAAACUAGUACGUGCGUUCGUAAUUCGAAUUAUAUAGUGAAGUUCUCGAGUAUUAGUUUUUUAUUUUUUUAAAUAUUCGAUAUGGCUAAUAAAGCAUGGGUGACUUUAGUCACGAACGAUACGUAUGCUUUGGGUGCGUUGGUUUUGGCACAUUCUUUGAAAAAAGUGAAUACGGCGCAUAAGCUCGUUGUACUCGUUUCAUCCAAUGUCACAUUUGCCAUGCGCGGUACAUUACAAUCGAUAUACGACGAAGUGAAAGAAGUAAACAUUUUAGAUUCAGCAGAUACGGAGAAUUUGAGACUACUCGCCAGACCCGAAUUGGGUAUCACGUUCACUAAAUUACACUGCUGGAAAUUAACACAAUACGAAAAAUGCGUUUUCCUCGAUGCCGACACAUUGGUACUUCAAAACUGCGAUGAAUUAUUCGAUAGGGAAGAAUUAUCAGCCGCACCUGAUGUAGGUUGGCCGGAUUGUUUCAAUUCUGGCGUAUUCGUUUUCAAACCGUCCGAAGAAACUUUCAAAUCGUUGUAUGAGUUUGCCAUCACUCAUGGAAGUUUCGAUGGUGGCGAUCAAGGAUUACUCAACAUGUAUUUCAGUGACUGGGCUACGAGCGAUGCCAGCAAACGAUUACCAUUUUUGUAUAAUUUGAGCUCAGCUGCCAUUUAUUCCUAUCUGCCUGCUUUUAAGUGGUACGGAAGAGGAGUGAAAAUUGUACACUUCAUUGGAACCGCAAAGCCAUGGGUUCAGCCAUUCAAUUCUUUAACACGAUCUGUAGAAGCAGCCCCGGGUUCAUCCCAUUUACAGAAUUUUUUGCAAUACUGGUGGGAUCUGUUUUGUGCCUGUGUUCAUCCACAAUUAUCUCCAGAAAUGACACGACUGCUUCUUCGUAGCUGGUACACACCACAUAUCACAAUUAAAAAUAAUCCUUCCCGAAAUACUCGUAAUCCUACGCGUAAUGAAGUAUACAUUCCUGAACCAUUUGUUGCUCCGGAAAUUGAGGAACAUUUUAUUUUUACCGAUCCUUGGGAAGAAUUUGAGAAGAAUAUAGCGUCUAGUGUGGUACUGGAACCGUCUAAUAAUAAUCACUGCGUAACGGGAUGCAGUUAUAAUAACGAUAAUGUACCAAAUUGUAAUAACGAAAAUCAACGUUGUAAUUUUAACUCCUCGUAUGAUGAUGAAGAUCAACGUCCUAACGAUUACCAUCAUGUCGUGGUAAAUAAAUACGGGUGUUUUGAACCAUCUGCGUGUGAACCGAAAUACAUUGAAAGAGCUCCAGCUCCUGUUUAUUGUCAAAAUUCAGUCGAAGUGUACUAUACCGCAUCUAUUGUACCUACUCAAUCUGAGCGUUUAACUUUUUGUGAUAAUCGUAACUCGUCUUCUUAUAUCGAUAAUCAAUGUAACCUUAUAAAUAACCACGUUGCUGAACAAAUUAACGUUUACGAUGAAAUUCAUCGUAUUGAUGACAAAAUCGACUGUGAUUCUGUUCAUAAUAAUGAGCAUUCCUGUGAUAUUCCUGUAAAUAAUUAUUCCUCUAUACAUUCCUUAACAAAUGAAAUUUUACGCGAAGAAAACAAUUAUUCGGAAAGUAAUAGGCCUAAAGAAAACGAUGUUGACGCUGGUUUAGCAAAUUCCCUAUCACAAAUGAAAUUAGACGAAGCAACGCCCGAACAAAAAGCUCGCGAAGAUUUUUUGAGAAGACAGAACUGGGAACACGGUAACAUCGAUUAUAUGGGAAAAGACUCUUUCAAUAACAUUUGGGACAAAAUCUCGCAAACCAUGAAUUUCCAACCGGAAGCUGAUCCAAGCGCCAUAGAUAAAGCUUCAUCUGCUGAAUCGAUUAGUUCGCCAUCUUCGACUGAAAGUUCCGCUCCAGUGCAAUCAUCUGUUCCUGAAACUUGCCCCAAGGCGCCAUCAAGUGCUCAACCUUCUCAACAAGCUCCUGCCAGUGCUCAAUCUGUCGAAGAACCUCAGUCGUGUCCAAAACCUCCAGCCAGUGCUCAACCUGCGGUGCAACCUGCAUCUUGUCCUAAACCUCCGGCAAGUGCUCAGACUACCGAACAACCUGCAUCAUGCCCUAAACCACCGGCUGCUUCUCAACCUGCCGAACAACCUGCAUCAUGCCCGAAACCACCUGCACCAUCCCAACCUACCGAACAACCUGCAUCAUGCCCGAAACCACCAGCACCAUCACAACCUACCGAACAACUCGCAUCAUGCCCUAAACCACCGGCACCAUCUCGACCUACCGAACAACCUGCAUCGUGCCCCAAACCACCGGCACCAUCUCAACCUCCGCAACAACCAGCCACUGCUGAACCUACCGAAGCGCCUCUUUGUUGUCCUAAACCGUCAAAACCCGCACCUACCGAACCGACUGUUUCGGCACCUGUUGCUGAAGUACCUGUUGCACCAACCCCAUCGAAACCCGCUGUUGAAUCAACACCGGCUCCGGUGGCAGCUGCUACCCAGCCAACCCCUCAAGUUCCAACUCCGGUUGAAAAGUCUGCUAGUAGUGCUCCGGAGGCUAGUCCAGUGUGCCAAAAACCAGCACCGAUUCAAGCUCAAGGCUCGCAAGAAGCGAAACCUGCUCCAGCUCAAGAUCCUAAAAGUAAACCAGCAGCACCAGCUCCGGCGAAAUCCUCCGGUAGCAAGAAGAAAUAAGCUAGCUUGAUCGAUCGGGUGUUGCAUUUUAUUUAUUUAUUUUCAAUAUUCUCAUACACGUUUAUGUAUUCAGUAAUUUAUACCUUCAUGCGAUUAAUAAUUCGAGUAAUUUAUUAUAUCGUUGUUGAUAACUUUACUUUUCAAAGUAUUCUAUGUGUGAAAUAAAUUUUAAUACUCAA